CCACGCUGAGCUCUCGGGGGCCUGUGUGAGCUCAGGGCUCUGGUGUCCUGCAGAGGAGCAUUCUGAUCUGGUUCCUCAUGCUGGAGACACAUGGAUGUCAUCAGCCGCUUUCCUGCAGUGCUGCGUGGCUCUCCCAGGAGUUUGAGCUGCUGCUCCUCUCCAUUUCUUUUGGAUAACCCACAGAAAUGGGGUUGAGGCAAUACCCCGUGUAAGCCUCGUGUUCCCCUGCCUUGCACAAAGCUUUUAACCUACAAGUUUAUGAGCUGGAGCUAUUGCAGAAAGUUGUUUCCAUCUGCUCCCAGGAACUUGAGAACGGGGACUUCAGGACCUUUCACUGUCCCUUACAACCACUCCAGGCUUCAAAAGCUGUUUCUUUUGUCCCAGUGUAGUUUYAUCUUGUGUUGCCUGUGAGUAUCCUGGCAUGAUGAGCGAGGGAGCUGUUUGACUCUGCUGUUCUUAAUGUGGGAUAUAAAGCUGAGAGCUCCUCUCCAUUAAAUAAAAGAGCGUCUUUGAAGCUGAGUGUUGUGCUAAGAGCAUGCUGCUCUGGGACAGCAGGACUGCUUUAGGCUGCUAUCAAUUAAUCAACUUAAAUAGAUGAAUGUGGACACAGCCAUAGGCCACCAAACUGCUCUGCAGAGCCCGUAGCUUCUGCCUGAGUAAGAGCAUGUCUCAGAGCAGGGAUCUGGAAUUCCCUGUGUUGGACCACUGCAGGUUAUAUAUAAAAAGCUUGCUGUGGUCUGGUUCUCCCUCAUUUUAUUUUUUUGCUGGAAGGAGGACCAURUCUGCAGCCUUCCUAAAGUUGCUCCCUAAGGUUUUUCUCAUCCUCAUUCUGCAGUUCCUGCAGAGCUCCAGGUUCUUCGGUGGCUUCACUUGUAGAGAUGAGGACUCGUGAGUUAGAAAUGGUGAGAAAAUCCACAUUGAGCUUUGUGACUGUCUCCUCCCUUUGGUUUUCCUAAUUAUAAAUUAAGUGGGGAUAAUAUGUGUUCGUGUUGCAGGCAGUGUUGCAGAACAAUAAGCAAAAUCCUCGGUCUCUUCCAGUCUGAGCAGUCACUGGGCAGUGAUCAGGUCUGUUUUCAGUUCCUUGUCCUACAUUUCCUGCUUUCUGUAUCUGUAUCAAUAUAUGUAUGUGCACUUCAGGAGCGACGGAGCAGGAGUUGAGCUGGACCUCGGGAGGAGUAGAGGAGGUGCGUAAGAAAAAAGCGGAUCUUAGAUCUCGGAGAUCAGAAUAACCUGGUGAGAGAAAGGUUAAGGAUUAUAAAAUGUCCAGGUUUCCUGAGGUCAGAGCAAUUAGUUAGGUCUUACCGGGCUCUCUGAAGAAGAGAAGCCUGUGGACUCACACGAAACAAGGCUGACUCAUGGUAUUUGGAGGGAGCAGCAUGAGAAGUUGUAGGGACUGCACGUUGGAGGCACUGGGGAGGACCUCCAAGAAGAAAGAGCUGGCAGGAAUCUUGGCUCUCCAGCACACAAGACAAAGGAGCCACCAGCUGCUUGGCCACAGCCCUUCUGGUGCUUUGGAAAGCCCUGAAUUUGAGAUUAUCUCCCUCAAAUUUAAGGUUAUCUGGUUCCAGAAGUGGAGGUAACACAGCCAGGUGAGCAUCUGGGCAGUACCACUGAAAGAACCUUGACCUUACAGAGUAAUGAGCUGWAUCAAUGAACACUAUUGCUCAUUURUUUUCCUCCACCUUCCUGUGUUGCUCCCUUUAGUUUUUCUACCAGUCUGCAUUGACUUGCUGCUAAAUUAUUUUGAUAGUGAAAUAAACCAGCUUGCAUCCUGACUGAAAUAAUUAAUUACUACUAGGCUACAACCCAGUGUGGGAUCCUCCAUGACCCCAUGGGUGGGGAGAGGUGUUGGAAGCACAUGCUGAAAAUAGAGUGUGAAAAUAAAGUGGCUGUGGGUGUCGGGCAUUSCCAGAGGCCUUGGCCAAGAGUAGGGAUGCUUUGGAAACAGUUUGUUUCACUUGAAGGCUGCUAAUAAAUUCAGCUGGAGGCUCUAAAUCCAUUAUUAAUUCCGAUGGAUAAGCUGGGGCAGAUACAAGAACUGGGAUUUGGGAGAUACAUUUUUUUAAAAUUUCACUUGGGUGGACUUUAGAAAGAGUCUGGGAGUGAAAUGACUUUGCCCUUAUCAUUCAGUAAGAUUUGAGCAGAAAGGAGAGAAAUUGUGCUGAGAAAACUGAAUUCUAACAACCAAAUGUGGCUAUAUCCCAGCCUGAGGGAGCCCUCUUUGCACCAGCAAAUACCAACAGGUUUCUAGGCUGGGUUUUGGCUCUAGGUUGCCAUAGCUGGUUGUUUUCCACCCUGCUCACAGACAGAAACUUUAAAUGUGCUGSUGUCCAUCCAGAGAGGAUCUGCCUGUUUAUCCUGAAGUAGUUGUGGCAAAAAUGGGAAGGGUUCCACCUUAAACUGUGGAGUAAGUGGUGCCUGUUGCUGCCUGUGUGUUUAUAUGGGUUAUUUUUUUAUUUUGUGUUAUAUUCCUGUGUUUUUGUUUAAAACAGCAGGGUAAUACUGACUUGCUGCUUAGCGGUUUUGCUUCUGCCCCCAGGGCUCUGAAUCUCAGGAGGAAACUGGUUAGAAAUGUAUCCCUUUGCUGCUGAUGCUGUUAAACCAGUGUGUGAGGAGCAUUAGGUAGGUUCCAGCUUUCUGGAGUUUUAAAAGUUCCUUUCUUUGGGGGGAAAAACAGGUAACUUUUGUAAUGAUGUGUCCAUUACAGUCCUCCUGCAGAAAACAAGGUAACAGGACUAGCUCUUCCCAAAUUAAUGMCUCUCUUGAAUUCCAGAGGCAGCUAUGCCAUUCGAGUUAGAACCUCAGAAAUCUGAUAAAUUUAAUUUUAAAAAAAGUUAAUGUUUUCUAGUACUUUACCAAUCCAAAAUAAAAGUAAUGUCCAGCAAACCUGGGGCACAUCAUUGUCUUUAAAAUUAGAGCAGUGGUAGAAUUAAAACCACAUUGAGGGUUGUGUAGAAAGCUUUAGGGUUUUUUUUUAGUUAUCGUUUGCUCCAGAUUAGGGGGAAAACAUGAAUGGAACUAUGUAGGUUUAUACAGCAGCAAUGAGGCUUAGCCAUUGGUGUGGGGUGUCAAAGGGAUCACCAAAAGUGGAUGAGGCUUUGGCAUCUGUGGGGGAGGUUUUGCCCCAGCUUUGUUUGAGAGGCUGCUCAGAUGGAGCCACCUCAGUGCUGUUACUUACUUGAUGCUUGAUGUCAAAGUCUGGGGACUGGGAGCAUUAUUGAUUUGACCUCUUUUAAAUUUCAGCAGCUUCACAAGAGACAGAGUGAGUUAGUAAGGAAUGCAAAAAUAUACGCUCCGCAGGUGCUACAGCCGCGUCAAGGAGCACGGCGUGGGGAAGAGGAAAAGCAGCUACACCUUUGAACAGCUGGAGCAGGUGUUUGGGCAGGGAGGAUGGGACUCCCAGCCCUGCCAGCCCGUCCUCAUCAACAGCAGUGGUUUGUACCAGGAGCUGGAGUCGGAUGGCAGUACCAUGGAGGAAUACUCUCAGGAGGAUUGGGGAAACCACAGUCAGGAUCUGCACUGCUACCAGACUGGCGAGCAGGAGCUGGAUGAAAUGCCUACCACGAAAAGAACAUUAAAGAUAAAACAGGAAUCUUCAGAAGACACGCAGAAGCGCGACGUCAUGCAGAACAUUAUGCAAAUCUUGGAGUCGGUCCAGUUGAAGUGGGAGCUGUUUCAGAGCUGGACGGACUUCUCCAGGCUCCACCUUUCUAACAAACUGGCCAUUUUCGGCAUCGGGUACAACACCCGCUGGAAGGAGGAUAUCCGUUACCACUACGCAGAGAUCAGCUCCCAGGUGCCCCUUGGCAAGCGGCUCCGGGAAUAUUUCAACUCAGAAAAACCCGAGGGUCGGGUGAUCAUGACCCGAGUACAGAAAAUGAACUGGAAAAACGUUUAUUACAAAUUCCUGGAGAUCACCAUCAGCGAAGCCAGAUGCUUGGAGCUGCACAUGGAGAUCGACUGGAUUCCCAUCGCUCACUCCAAGCCCACCGGAGGGAACGUGGUGCAGUAUUUAUUACCAGGAGGGAUCCCAAAAAGCCCUGGCCUGUACGCCAUUGGAUAUGAGGAGUGCCACGAGAAACUCCCGUCCCCACUGGCCGAGCACCGGGCACCCGACCCCGGCAAUGAGACUCCAGGGGAGCUMGAGGUCCCCUCGCCACAGGCCUCCCUUCGGGUGGAUAUGGAAUCCGCCCGGAUUAUCUACUGUUACCUCGGCAUCGCCGAGGUUCGGACUCUCCAGCAGUGCCUGUUUUUACACUUCCAGGCAAACACCAAAACCUUCAGCAAAGAUUGGGUYGGGAUCAACGCCUUUUUAUCUCAGAACUGCGUCGUAGAGCCCGGUGUCUCGCCCAAAUCCAUCUACAUCAAAUUUGUGGAAGUGGAGAGGGAUUUUCUGUCUGCCGGCUCUUUGGUAGAGUGCCUGGAAAAAGCCAUCGGGUACCCCUUAAAAUUUAACAACUGAGUCUCGUCCUUCAUAAGGAUCAGGGCUUCCUGCCCCAUUUUCCAUCUCACUCGGAUCCUGUCCGUUCACAUCCGGGCACGUUGGACAUUCCCGCCUGGAAUCGCGUUUUGGGGUGCGCGGAGGCCGCGGGCGCUUCCCCCGCGCCGGGCCCGGCUCUGUGGGCUCUGUGGCCGGARCGGCCGCUUGCCCGGCGGAGCGGCGUGGCGAGGAGGAGCGCCCGGCCGUGAGACGACUGUCGGUACAUUCCACACGGGACAAGCUCGUACACGCGGCGUUUUCAUACACAAACUGAGGGUUUGGUCUUUCCUUUAUUCCACGGUGUCUCAUUUGGACGCAUCCGUCUCUAAGUGUUACUAUGGAUCUGACUCAAUAAGCAAUAGAUAACGGCGAGGGAAACCCCGACUCCCGGCCCGGGGACUGUUUUUCAAAGCCACCCUUAGAUAUCUUGUAUAUAAUUUAGAACUUCACUUUUUUCACCAUUGAGUGUUCUCCUCUCUCCGAACAGUGUUGCCUGCAAAGACUUUGGGUUCCGUGAUGUAUUCCACAUCCUUAGUAGCGUUGCCAUGUCUGCUUUUAUUUUAUUUUAUUUUAUUUUUUUAAYGUUAAAAUAAUUCCUGGCCUUUUUAUUUUUUCUUUGGUUUUUCUCUUUAUGUUUUCUCUAUUUUUCUCUUUUCUGGUCUUUUUUUAUCAUUAUUUUUCCCUUCUUUUUCUCUUAUUUCUCUCGUCUUUUAUUUUUCUUUUUUUUUGUAUUUCUCCUUUUCCUUUUUUGAUCUUUUUUAUCUUGUUUUAAAAUUUCUUUAUAAUUUUUUUCUUUUUCUUUUGCUUCUUUUAAUUCUGUUUUUUUAAUUAUUUUUAUUUCCACUUUUAACCAUUUUUUGUCUUUUUUUUUCUCCUU